AUGGCUCCAUACGAAGCUCUGUAUGGAAGAAAAUGCCGGUUUCCUCUACAUUGGGACGAUGUCGGGGAGCGGAAGUUACUGGGCCCUAAGUUGAUUCAGAGUACCAGAGACAAAGUAUUAUUGAUCAAGCAAAGGCUUAAGGUAGCUCAGGACAGACAAAAAAGUUGGGCUGACAAAAGAAGAAGAGAAUUGGGUUUUGCAGAAGGUGACUAUGUAUUCCUAAAGAUUUCUCCUUCAAAAGGUGUCACGAGAUUUAGAAGACAUAACAAGCUGAGUCCUCGCUACAUUGACCCAUUUGAAAUUCUGAACAAAAUAGACGAGGUUGCUUACAGAUUGGCUCUACCUCAGGAACUGUCUGGUAUACACAAUGUCUUCCAUGUUUCCCUCCUACGGAGAUACAUUCCAAAUCCCCACCAUGUGGUGCGAUACAAGCCCCUACAGAUAGAUAAAAAUCUGACUUAUGAAGUAAUUCCUCAGCGCGUCGUUGAUCGGAAGGAGCAGAUUUUUCGAAGGCACACCAUUCUAUAUGUGAAGGUUCAGUGGAGCAAUCACUCAGAAAGGGAGGCAACUUGGGAGCUCGAGGAGGAAAUGCGCGGAAAGCAUCCAUAA